ACCCUUGAAUAGGCAGUCAGCCAGUCACAGUAUGGCGGCACGGGAGGCGGUGAAGUCUGCUGCUAGGCAAGUUAGGCCUAUAUUGUCUGUUGACAGAACAGAAGCACGGAAAAGAGUGUUGAAUUUAUAUAAAGCAUGGUACAGACAAAUCCCUUACGUCGUUAUGGACUACGAUAUUCCCAAGUCUGUUGCGCAGUGCAGGGCUAAAUUAAGAGAGGAAUUUGAGAAAAAUAGACAUGUUACCGACAUCCGUGUGAUAGACAUGCUCGUCAUUAAGGGACAAAUGGAACUGAAAGAAACUGUACAGAUUUGGAAGCAGAAAGGCCAUGUGAUGGCUUACUUUAAAGAAACACAAGAACCAAAACCAACAGAUUUUCUUUCAAAAUUCUUUGCUGGCCACCAGUGAAAUGUUUGUAGUUUUGUAAAAAUAUUUGUAGAUGUGUAUAUAUAUAUAUAUUAAAUUUUACACAAGUCA